UAUUUCUUUCUUUCAAUCACAAUUACGAGACAUGAGUUGCCUACAAUAUGGUUGGCCCGAACCCAUUGUCCGAGUCCAAUCCUUGUCGGAAACCGGUCUUUUCACAAUCCCAGACCGAUACGUCAAGCCACCGUCGGAGAGACCUUCCAUCCUAGCUUCGGAACCCCAACAAGUCAAUAUCCCCUUAAUUGAUCUUGGAAACCUACUUGCCGGCUGCGGCGGCGACCAAAUCGACCAUGAUAACUCGGCCACUAUCAUGAAUCAGAUUUCUGAGGCUUGCCGAGAGUGGGGCUUCUUACAGGUGGUGAACCAUGGCGUGAGUGUGGAGUUGAUGUCUCGAGCACUUCAAUUGUGGCGUCAAUUCUUCCAUCUCUCCAUCGAAGAGAAACAAGUUUAUUCCAAUUCCCCACUUACCUAUGAAGGCUAUGGGAGUAGAUUGGGGGUUGAGAAGGGAGCCAUUCUUGACUGGAGUGAUUAUUUCUUUCUUCAAUACUUACCCAACUCCCUUAAGGACCAUAACAAGUGGCCUUCUCUCCCAACUCCUCUCAGGGACACAAUCGAGGAGUACUGUGGACAAUUGGAGAAGCUCUGUGGCACUUUGAUGAAACUCUUCUCCAUUAACUUGGGUUUGGGUGAAGAUGAUCUACCCAAGGCAUUCGGAGGAGACGACAUCGGUGCGUGCUUGAGGGCCAACUUUUAUCCUAAGUGUCCACAGCCAGACCUCACACUUGGGCUAUCAUCCCACUCUGACCCUGGUGGCAUGACCAUUCUCCUCCCAGACGAUCAAGUCGCCGGACUUCAGGUCCGUCGAGGAGACUCUUGGAUCACCGUAAAAGGAGCUCCCGGUGCCUUUAUCGUCAACAUCGGCGAUCAGAUUCAGGUAUUGAGCAAUGCAAAUUACAAGAGUGUUGAGCAUCGGGUGGUUGUGAAUGCAGCAAAAGAACGUGUUUCGCUUGCCUUCUUCUAUAACCCAAAGAGCGAUAUACUAAUGGAACCAUUGAAGGAGUUGGUGACACCAGAUUGUCCAGCUCUUUAUACACCCAUGACAUUUAGCGAGUACAGACUACACAUGAGGACGAAGGGUCCACGUGGAAAAUCACAUGUGGAGUCCCUAAAAUCCUUGUGCUAA